AUGAGCCAUUCACUGUUACCAGCCUUUAGUGGUGAUGUGCGGCUCUGGUUUUCCCAGUUGGACUUGUACUUCACGGCGAGUGACAUUUCAUCCAAGUGGCAGCAACUGCAUAUUCUACUGAGUUCCAUCCCUCCAUCACUAGCGAAUAGUCUCAAGGACAUCAUUAUUGACACCACUAAAGAUGCCACAUAUCCAUCCUUCAAGAGUGAGAUAAUUUACAGGAUGGCCAUACCCGAGAGUAAGCGUUUCUGCACACUAAUUUGUGAUGAAUAUUUGGAUGGCAGGACGCCUACUCAACUGCUGUGCAGAAUGAGAGAGCUCACCGAGGAUUCUUCCAAAGACAGUUCCUUGCUAAAACAGCUUUUCUUCUCCUGUUUGCCUUCGCACGUGCAGGGGAUUCUCACCCCUAGCAUGGACGUCACUCCCAUCGACCAGUUGGCCUUGUCUGCUGAUAGAAUUUUGGAGUACACUGGAAAUAGAACUGUAGACAACAAAUUGGCUGCUGUUUCUCCUUCUCCCUCAACAGUCGUAGCUUCAUUUCAGCAGCCUGAUUCCACUCAGGUGGACACUCUGCAGGCUAUUAGGGAACUUACCGAGCAGGUGAAGAACUUAUGUGCCUCUCAGAAUUCGCCACGACAGCGAACGUUCAGCCAGUCACUCUUCCCCAUGCGAUGUGCCUUUCCUCCUGCACCCUCGUCAGACUUAUGCUGGUAUCAUUGUCGUUUUGGCCAGAAUGCUAGGAAGUGA